ACACAACAUGGCGGCCGGAUCCUAACGCUCUCCAACGAGGGACCACCGCAGAUGUCGGGACCCUGCCUCAGAGGAGUGGAAGUCGGGGGCCACCCUCUCUGCCCCUUUCUUCUCCGUGCAGUGUCGGCAAGGGGUCGUCUUCUCACCCGGGAUGCAGAACUACAGAGCAAUUGGCAAGAUAGGAGAGGGAACAUUUUCUGAAGUUAUGAAGGUGCAGAGCCUGAGAGAUGGAAACUACUAUGCAUGUAAACAAAUGAAACAGCACUUUGAAAGUAUUGAGCAAGUGAACAACCUACGGGAGGUACAAGCACUGAGGCGCCUGAAUCCACACCCAAACAUCCUCACAUUGCAUGAAGUGGUUUUUGACAGAAAAUCUGGUUCUCUUGCACUAAUAUGUGAACUUAUGGACAUGAAUAUUUAUGAGCUAAUACAAGGGAGAAGACAGCGAUUAUCGGGGAAAAAAAUCAUGCACUAUAUGUACCAGUUAUGUAAAUCCCUUGACCAUAUGCACAGAAAUGGAAUAUUUCACAGAGAUGUAAAACCAGAAAAUAUAUUAAUAAAGCAGGAUGUCCUGAAGCUGGGGGACUUCGGGUCCUGCCGGAGUGUCUAUUCCAAGCAGCCAUACACAGAAUACAUCUCCACCCGCUGGUACCGGGCCCCAGAGUGCCUCCUGACUGACGGGUUCUACACUUAUAAGAUGGACCUGUGGAGCGCUGGCUGUGUGCUCUACGAGAUCAGCAGUCUGCAGCCUCUCUUCCCUGGAGCCAGUGAGCUGGACCAGAUCUCAAAGAUCCAUGACGUCAUUGGCACACCUGCUGAGAAGACCCUCACCAAGUUCAAACAGUCGAGAGCUAUGAGUUUUGAUUUUCCUUUUAAAAAGGGAUCAGGAAUACCCCUACUGACAGCCAACUUGUCCCCGCAAUGCCUCUCCCUUCUGCACGCAAUGGUGGCCUAUGAUCCCGAUGACAGAAUCACUGCCCACCAGGCCCUGCAGCAUCCCUACUUCCAUGAGCAGAGGGCAGCUGAAAGGCAGGCUCUGGGCGGCCGCAGAAAAGCUUUCCUCCCAGGGCGCCCCGUGGCGUCCGAGCUGCAGAACAACUGCGCGGUUUGGAAGGGCGGCGGAACGCAGAAACAGCCCCUAAAGCAAGAGGCCCUGACCAGGAGACCAGGACCGGCCUACCUAAUGGAACUGCCCAAACUUAAGCUUUCGGGGGUGACUAAACUGUCCUCGUACUCCAGCCCGGCGCUGCAGUCCGUGUUCGGACCCGGAGGGAACGAGCAGGCCCAGGGGCUGAGACCCCUGAAGUGUGCUGGCACAGAGCAGAAGGCAGAUAUGCAGAAAGACAUAAAGCCUGGCCUGAAACAGUGUCGCCUGCCCACGCUGGAAAGGAAGGGCGGAGGAUGCUGAGCCCCACGCCCCCUCACCUGCCGCAGCUCGAGCCCGGCCGGCCGGCGGAUGGCGUCUAAGGAGGGGAUGCGCUCCAGGGAGAGGCCUGGUGUCGCAGCGCGCUGCCCCGCAGACCGGGCGCGCCCACUCGGCCUGCAGCCACCAGCCCACGGGUACUUGCUCCCCGAGAGCAGCUCUGCUGUCUGCACCGGUCAAAUACAUUUGUAAGACCACCUCAUUCUGGGGUUUUAUUUCAUUUUCAUAACCUAAGAAUUUGGGGCAGGGAAUAGUUUGUAAUUUUUUAUAUGAAUCAGAACAGAAAUUAGAAUUUACAUUAUGUAUUAUUUAGACGUGGUUUCCCCGUGGGCCCUGCAUGCUGUGCUUUUACUACAUCGCCAGUUGCAGCUUAGAGAUGCUGCUGUUGGAGCCCCUGGUUUCUAUUAAAGAAUAAGCUAACAGUCACACUAUUUUUAUAUCUUCUGACUUAAACACAUGUCCUGGCUCUUGGUUCCUUUACUUACGCUUUUAUGAGCGCAUUAGGAAGUAGAUCUUCGGGGGAAGACCUUGCGUGGUUUGCUUUUGUUCCCAGGCGGAGCCGAGCCCCUGAGGAAGCCCAGGCCUGUGCUGGCGGCUCCCGGGCUGUGGCGGGCGCGGCAUUCGGCUUCGGGGCCUGACACUGCAGCUCCUGGGCCCAGCUUCCUCUGAGUACAGAAGGCAGCUUCCUGUGGUGCUGAGCUCAUUUCUGGGGAGCCAGCCAUCAGUUGGGCCCAAAAAGGACCUGAUUCCCUGAGGGCAGGGGAGCCCCUUUCUGGCUUGGAAUGUGACCUGGUAGUGGGCGGGUCCUUCCUUUGAUCUUCUCCAACUUAAACAUGAAGCCUGUUUCCUACGUCAGCUUCAGUCUUGUCCCUCUCCUCUCGGGACCCGUCUGUGACAUUCUUCCAUGUGCUCUCCAGUGGCGUCGCCUCUGCACCCUAACAGGUGGAGAUGCUGACCCGGGAGCAACAGGACAGCUGGGCCAGGGAGAGUGCCCGCUGCAGCCCCAGGUCAGACAGCAGGACCCAGUGGGUUACUGCGGCCGGUUGAGUAGGGAGGAGACCCAUGGGUUGGCUGUGGGGCAGAGCAGGCCAGGAAUGAGGCUUAAGGUGACGGUACAAGCUGGGUGCACAGGGCGAGGGGUUAGAAAGAGCUUCUUUUUGAACCCAUUUGAGACCCUGGCGGGGCCCUCAGGGAUGCCCCAUUGCAGAAGUGGCCCUGGGGAGCAGGAAGUUGCCGUCCUGUCUUGCAGAAAGCCUGGGAAUUGCAAGUCACUGGGAACCGGGGCAGUUUCAUGGACCAGGAGGAGACCAGCAAUGGGGGCACUGUGUCCCAGCAGGAGGAGGGGCCAGUGAGGCUGAGUGGGGGUGUGGGCCUGAAGAGGGGGCGCUGUCCGUAAGCACAGGCUCCAGGGCACACCACAGGGCUGACAGGUAUUUGUGUGUCCAGGAAACUUACCUCCUUUGUAUAAAAUUCAAAGGAAGAAUCUUUGAAGUUCUUCCAUGUGCCUUUUUGAGAAAGCAAACGCAUCCCUCCCAGUGGUGGGCCGGCAGGGCUGUGUGCUCGGGGGCCUGCCCUGUCCACCAAACAGGCCCUUCACUUUCAUGUCAGUCUUGGGAAUCAACACUCUCAGCAGUGUGGAGCUCGGCCCACCGCCUACCCUGAGCAGGGCCUCCCGCCAGGCAGCCCCACCAGAGUCCACAUCACAGCUCCAGCAGGCCUGCCGUGGGCAGUGCCAGUCCCAGCCGCCCACCUGCCCCCACCGAGCAGCACGGGGCUCCUGGGCCUUCAGCGUGACUUGCACAUCAUCCUUGCAAGGGUAAAUCCAUGUGCCCGUGGACUUGGGGGGCAGAAAAAGUUCAUCUCCAAGCACAGCUCCCACACCUGCUGGGUGCAGGGGAGCCAGCCACGUGCCAGACGACGUGGCUCCCAGAGCUCUGCACCUGCUCUCCAUCGGCCAGGCCUGUGAGGGCACAGAUGGCCGCCUGGGCCGGCUGCUAGAGCACUGGCGGGGGCUCUGCCCACUCCAAAUUGGCAAGACUCAAAGGCGACAAGGCCAUUUAAGCCUUUCUGGGCAACUAUUCAGUGACUCCUGAAGCACUUGAUUCUUCGCCACAGAAAUCCGGAAGGGAAGCAGCCAGUCUCACCACCGCUGUGCCAUCCUGCCAAAUUCACUCAUUCCACAGUGUUUACAGGCACCUGCCAAGUGCCCAGCCCAGCCUCCACCCACCGCACCCUCCUGAUCUCAGCCAGAGGAACACCCAGGGCAGAAGCACACCAGCCUGGCUGCUUCCCUCACUGUGUGGGCCUGGCAUGCUGUCUGGGCAGAGGUGGUGAGCAGGCUCUCCGUGUAAGGAUCCCAGCUCUGGCGGUGUUAUGUGAACCAGCUCACGGAGCAGAAACACUGCUGGCGUGAGGGUGCCCAGGCCAGAGGUGCGUUUGCCCAAGCCAAGCCACACACGAGCUUACCGCCCAGAGCUCCCUGGAGUGCCCGCCUCCCUCGACUCUGCUAAGGCCUCUCCAGGAGGGAAGCAUGCACUCACCAACUCCGACACAAAUCUCAAGGAAGAAAGGAAAAGCAAAAACCAGACCAGGUGUGCUGACGCUAAUGUCCACGGCCUCCACAGCUUCUGAGUGAGGCUGUCUGUCCAGGGCCUGUCAAGUGCUGAGUGUCCACAGUGGUGGUGGUGGCUGGGGGGCUUUUGAUUGGGGAGCCAUCUUGGCCCACUUGGCCAGGGACCAGUCUUGGGAACAGAGCCAUGUAGAGUGUUCCUAGCACAGAUGCACCUGCAGAAAACUGGGACACCCCACAGCAUCAGUGCAGGAGGUCAGCUGCAUACUGCAUUCCAGAGCCCGAGCGAAGGGCGAGCGGUGGAGGGCAGAGCCAGGAGUGUCCACCUGGCACAACGCAGACCUUGGCCAGAGGAAGCCAUGGCCAAACUGUACUUGAAUUUUCACCUGCAUCACUGUCCUGGGGCCUGGCAGGUGCCCACCUCCACUUCCUACAAAUAGACGAUCCAAGAGGCCGUGAGAUCCCAAAUUCUAGACUUGAUUUUCAGAGGCAGCCCUUUGUGAUCUCCAGAAAUACGUGUGGCCUCCUCGUCUGUCUCUUGGACCUGCAUGGAUUGGGUUUUCUGUGUAACUUACAACACCUAAAAAGGCACAAACACCAAAUAUCAAACUAUCUAAAAUGUGCUAACAGUACAUUUUAAUAUGAAUUAGAGAUCACUUUGUAUGUGUACUUUACAUAAAUUCUGGUUCUUUCACUUAAAGCAGUAGGUGUCUUAGUAUUUUGUGGUGUGUCC